CUCAGUGUAUUCGAGGUUAGGUUACGCUAAACAGCAAACUGCAUGUGCACGUGUUGUCUCGCACAGAUAUAAUAUUAUAUUUAAAUACAUCUUUAUAGGUACAUCGAUCAUCAAAUCAUGAUGGGAUCACAAGAGGCUGGGAAAAAGCGAAAAAAGAAACGUUCCCAGACCCAGAUGGCGAAAAAAUUUGCUCGUCGAAGAAAUUCAGGCAACGAUCUGGAUCAGGACACCUAUCAGUACAUGGUUCGCAUCGUCGAGUUGAUACGCAAAGACUUCUCUUCGUCUGAAGAAAGAUUGAUGUUUGCGCAGAAUGUUUUUCAGGAGACGGCAGGACGCGAGGUCGACUGCGCGCGUAAUCAAAUCGGAUCUCACGUUAUCGAUUCUCUUCUAAAGUACGCCAGCCUGGAGGCAAUUCAGAAACUGAUAGAGGCAUUUGAACCUUCCUUGAGACUGUUGAGCAGCGACAAAUGUGCCAGUCACGUUUUACAGAAGAUAAUAUUGGUCUGCGCUGAUAGAGGCAAUCAAGUUUCCACAUCGAUCACAAAUAAGGCUGCUGUCGUUGAAAUUAAGCCACUUGAAGCUAAAACUUACAAUGAUAUUGUUCUAAGGCUGAGCAAAUAUUUUCUGAACAAUUUAGAGGAGUUUGUGUUUGACACUUAUGCUAAUCAUGUGUUGCGGACAGUCAUCAAGUGUCUUGCAGGAUUGAUCGAUGAUAAUGAGAGUAAUAAGAAAUCUUUUGUUCAGUAUUCUGUGGAAAGACGUCCUGUCAUACAAGAGUAUAAGGAUCUGUUGAUAGAAAGUUGCGAUCGAUUGCAGAAAUGGCCACAAUUCUAUCAAUUUGGACAACAAGAAAUUACUUCUGGCUUUGUACAAUGUAUCUUGCAUUCUUUGAAAGAUGUUGAUCCGGAUUUAACAAAUGCCAUUAUUAAAAAAAUUAGAAAAAUAUGUUUUAACACAGAUGAAGAAGAGAAGCUAUCGAAUAUAUUUAAUGCAGAAUCUUCUAUCAGGAUAUUAGAAGCUUGUUUGACAGUAGCACAGUCGAAAACUUUCAUAAAACUAUAUAAAACAUAUUUUGCUAAAAAUUUGAAACAUUUAUGUUUGACACAAAAUACUAAUUUUAGUGUGCAGAGAUUAUUAGAUUAUUGCGUUACAAAAGAACUCUUCGAGGAAAUAUUUGACAAAGUAUCGGAAUACUUUCCAGAAAUUCUUCAACAAGGUUUCACUGGGAUAUUUGUCAGCGCUGGGAAUGCAUGCUUAAGAUUGCAAACGAAACAAGGUGCAUUUAUCAAUUCAAUGAUCAAGCUAUUGAAAUGCGAUACAUCUACUGAUGAUCAGACCCAGCUUGUAAGAUGUAUAGUGACUUUGAAGGAUCCAGAUCAACUAAAGGCUAUUCCAAAUAAUUCACAACCACUCAACUUACAUGGAAGUUUAAUAAUACAAGCCAUAUUGAAUUUCAACAAACCCAUAAAAAUUGCAAAUUCUUUAUUGGAAAUGAGCAACGAAGAAUUGUUGCAAUUAUUUAAUGAUCCAAAGGGCAGUCGAAUUCUGGAUGCUUUCAUGGACAGCAAAUACAUCGGCGAAAAGAGUAGGGAGAAAUUAUGUAAAAAACUGCAUGGCAUUUGGGCAGAAUUAGCGAAAAGCACGCACGGAUCUAGAUGUGUGGACAAAAUGUGGAUAUGGGCGCGUAUGAAUCAAAAAGUCCUCAUUAUGGAAGAAUUGGCUGCGGCCGGAAAAGCUUUAGAAUCCACGAAAUCAGGCAAGAUUAUCUCCGCGAAACUAAAUGUUCCAUUAUUUGCGAGAAAUAAGAAGGAUUGGUCGGAAUCGCAAGGUAAAGAAGAAAAAACGAAAGCAUUAUUCGCGGAUAUUAUCGGAAAAAAUCCUAAAAAAUAAUUUUAGGAAAUGUAAUAAUACAGGU